ACGUGUCCCCUACCCCUUCCCGAGCGGAGGCAACAUGGCGGCCCCGGUAAGCAGUAGAUGCGAGAUUUGAAUUACCCUACUUGUGGCUGCUGCGUCCCUGCUGAUGGCGUCUCCGGCGUUGUGCGGUUCACGUCAGAGCCCAGAGGGACUCCCUGGAGACCCUUCCUCACAAGAAGAAGAUGAGGAUUGUGAUCCUGAAGAUCCGGUCAGCGACUCGGGUUCAUACUCCUCUACAAGUACCGAUUAUGAUGACCUGGAGCCUGAAUGGCUGGACAGUGUGCAGAAGAAUGGAGAGCUAUUUUAUUUGGAGUUGAGUGAGGAUGAAGAAGAAAGCCUUCUUCCUGAGACACCUACUGUGAACCAUGUCAGGUUCAGCGAAAACGAGAUUAUUAUUGAAGAGGAUGAUUACAAAGAAGGAAAAAAGUAUGAACCCAAACUGAAGCGGUUUACCAAGAUUUUAAAAAGUAAAAAACUUUUACCCAAGCGUUAUAAUAAAAAAAAUAGCAAUGCCAGUGGGCCAGUAUCCAUUCUAAAGCAUCAGUCCAAUCAGAAAACAGGAGUUGUUGUCCAACAGCGGUACAAAGACGUGAACGUUUACGUGAACCCCAAAAAGCUAACCGUCACCAAAGCCAAAGAGCAGCUCAAGCUUCUGGAAGUACUGAUUGGGAUUAUCCAUCAGACCAAGUGGAGCUGGAGAAGAAGUGGAAAACAGGGCAGUGGAGAGAAGCUUGUGGUCCAUGGCCUGCUGCCAGGAGGAUCUGCUAUGAAGAGUGGUCAGAUAUUAAUUGGUGAUGUCCUUGUUGCCGUGAACGAUGUAGAUGUGACCUCUGAGAACAUAGAGAGAGUUCUAUCUUGCAUUCCUGGACCUAUGCAGGUGAAACUGACAUUCGAAAAUGCAUAUGCUGUGAAAAAGCAAACAACUCAACCAAGACAGAAAAAGUCACAGUCAAACCCAAGUGAUUUAAUCAAACUUCCAUGGGGAGAAGAGGACAAAGAUACCCAGCAGAAUAUUCUAAACACUCCUCACAUCGUUAUGUAUCUCACACUACAGCUCGACUCGGAAACAUCAAAGGAAGAGCAGGAAAUCCUAUAUCAUUAUCCAGUAUCUGAUGCAUCUCAGAAACUUAAAAGUGUGAGAGGGAUAUUUCUCACACUCUGUGACAUGUUGGAAAAUGUAACUGGGACACAAGUUACUAGCUCAUCCCUUCUUUUAAAUGGGAAACAAAUUCAUGUAGCUUAUUGGAAAGAAUCUGACAAGCUGUUGUUAAUUGGCCUGCCUGCUGAGGAAGUUCCUCUUCCUCAGCUAAGGAAUAUGAUUGAAGAUGUUGCCCAAACCUUAAAAUUUAUGUAUGGUUCUUUAGAUAGUGCCUUUUGCCAGGUUGAGAAUGUUCCUCGUUUGGAUCAUUUUUUCAGCUUGUUCUUUCAAAGAGCACUUCAGCCUGCUAAACUACAUUCCAGUGCCAGUCCCAAUACACAACAAUAUGAUGCUUCCAGUGCAGUACUUUUAGACAAUCUCCCUGGAGUUCGGUGGCUCACACUUCCACAGGAUAUUAAGGUGGAAUUAGACACAGCAUUGAGUGACUUGGAGGCUGCAGAUUUUGCAGAACUGUCUGAGGAUUACUAUGACAUGAGACGGCUAUAUACAAUUUUGGGCUCUUCUCUAUUUUACAAGGGUUAUUUGAUAUGCAGUCAUUUGCCUAAGGAUGAUCUUAUUGAUAUUGCUGUAUACUGUCGCCACUAUUGCCUACUGCCUUUAGCAGCAAAACAAAGAAUUGGUCAGUUGGUAAUAUGGAGAGAAGUAUUUCCUCGACAUCACCUCCAACCUUCUGCAGACUCAAACAUAGAAGUCUUUCAGGAACCUGAAGGGAGGUAUUUUUUGCUAAUUGUUGGCUUGAGACAUUAUAUGUUGUGCGUACUAUUAGAAGCUGGAGGCUGUGCAUCCAAAGCUGUUGGGAAUCCUGGACCAGACUGUAUAUAUGUGGAUCAGGUCAAAACAACUCUUCACCAGCUGGAAGGGGUAGAUUCCCGCAUAAAUGAACGGCUAGCCUCUUCUGCAACCCCCUGUUUGUCUUGUGCUGACUGGUUUCUUGCUGGAUCACAUGAAAAAUUAGAUAAUUUAACAACCUCCCCUAUCCUCAGUAGGCUACAAGGUACUUCCAAAGUAGCAACCUCUCCAACAUGCAGAAGAGCUCUUUUUGGUGACUAUUCCCUAAAGACACGUAAGCCCAGUCCAUCCAGAAGUGGAGGAUCUGACAGUGGUUGUGAAGGUGGAGAAGGUGUUGGCCUGAGUCCCCACACUACAGCAUCUCAGGGUUCUGAUGGUUCAGAAGAAAGUGGGGCCUUGCUUAAGGUCACUAAAAAGAAGUCUACUCUUCCAAAUCCAUUUCAUUUGGGGAACCUGAAAAAGGACAUUUCAGAAAAAGAAUUGGAUAUAUAUAACACAAUGAAAUUGACGUCUGGUCCUGAGAACACACUUUUCCACUAUGUCGCUUUAGAAACAGUGCAAGGGAUCUUUAUUACUCCUACCCACGAAGAGGUGGCACAGCUAAGUGGCUCUAUCCAUCCUCAGCUGAUAAAAAAUUUCCAUCAGUGUUGUCUCUCCAUUCGUGCAGUUUUCCAACAGACAUUGGUUGAAGAGAAGAAGAAAGCACUAAAUGGUGGAGAUCAUUCAGGUUCUACAAAUUCAGUGUCUUCUCUUAACCCUGUGAAAGAACAUGGUGUAUUGUUUGAAUGCUCACCUGAAAACUGGACUGAUCAGAGAAAAACACCACCAGUUAUGGCUUACUGGGUAGUAGGGAGGCUCUUUCUUCAUCCCAGACUUCAAGAACUUUACGUCUGUUUUCAUGACUCAGUCACAGAAAUUGCCAUCGAAAUGGCUUUUAAAUUGUUCUUUGGAUUAACCUUGUAGCUGUGUUUUCUUGAUGUACAGCAACACUGCACAGACAGUGCAGAUAAAGUAGUGUUAGAACUGCUGAAAUCCAUUCACAAAGAGAUAAGGUUUAACUUCUUUCCUCUGUUCAAUACUGAACAUAAGAUUGUUAAAGACUGAGAUGAUAUGCUGCUGGAUUUGAUGCACUAAAUCUUUUUGUGAGACUUUUGAAGAAGAUACUUGAUCAAAAUAUGAAGAAGGGAUUGUUAACUUAUUUCCAUUUUGGUAUACACCAUUAAUUUAUUUAUUAGUUUGAAAUAAUGUGAUGUGUUUUAUGUAAAAUUAAUAUAGGAAUGUUUAUCUGGGAAAAAUAC